AGCCGCCGACUUCCUCCUUGAAAAUUGGUGACAAAACUUGGAUAUUUUCCCCUCCUUGUUGUGCAAGAACAAGCUGUGGGACUUAGAACCCUCCCUCUAAAGUUGGAAAUUGCCAAUCUGCUCUGUUCUUCCUUCCCAUCGGCAAGCUAUUGUGGGUGUGUGGGUGUGAAAUUUUGGGUCUUUUCGGUAAGAAUUAGCCCUGAAACUCCUCUCUUUAACCUUGAUUGAUGUUGGGUUCACCCUAAUAUGGUUUGUUCUUCCAAUUUUGGGUUAAUUCCGUGAGUCCCCCUGUAGAAUUGCCACCGGCCUCUUCGCCCUGCCAGGUCCGGUUCUGCAGCUGGAAAAAUUCUGGUAUGAUGGCCACUCCUCUAAGUCCGAAUUACCCACUUAAUUGCUGCUUGUUGAAGUUUAAUCCACUUAGUGCUACCCUUGUGCUGUCCGAAAAUUAUGUUGGAAGAUAGGAGAAUUUUGAUAGCUUUAAAUGGUGUUUUUUGUUUAAUUUAAGUAGAGAUUAGCUUAAUUUGGCUGCUGUGAAUUUUAUAGAGAAAAAUCCCAUGACUUAGCCAUUUUUGGCCAAAGCCGUGGGUCUUCAUGUUCUUGUCCGGGAGAUUGGACAAUUUUAUAAAUGUGAAUCUCGUGUUUCAAUUGGGAGGGAACAAUGAGGCUUUGGUUAGGUUCUUGAUUGUUCUAUCACCCCAGCACUUGGAGUGAAUUUUCUAUGUUAGGUGAUCGAGGUAAGUAAAUUAUGGUAACGCCUUCGAUUUCAAAGCAUGUUUUAAAUUGUUUUUGAGAUGGUGGUAAGGUUUAAAUUGAUUUUAUUAGCACCGAGCAUGAUUGGUUUGAAAUGAAAUUGUUUUCAUUUGCAUUGAGUAGAGUAUGUGUAAUAUCCCAAAAUUUUGGGGUAUUUUAGCAUUUGGUUGGGGACUUAUUUGAAGAAAAAUAUUGUUUUGGGGCUUAAUUGUAAAAUCUUUAAAAGUUGAGGGACUUAAAAGAAAGGAAUUAGGAUAAGGAUUGACUGCUUUUCCUUUUCCUUUUUCUUUUUCUUUCUUUCUUUCCCUCCCCAUCAGACCCGCGUGCCCUGCUCUUCCUCUCCCCCGACCCUCUGCAGCCGACGAACCCCCCAGCCACCGCCACCCAUUUUUCGGCCGGAAAUCCGGCAAAGUUUGGGGAUUUCUCCCUAUUUUCUUGUCUUAGAACACCUGUUGAACCCAGAAAAUCCCAGAUCUGCGUCUUCCUCCCUCUGCUGUCCGUCGGCUUCAACUUGUGGGUUUGAAAUUUCUGGGCAUUUUUCGCCGCGAGUUCCCCUGCAGAAUUUCUUCUUCUCUGCCGUCGGCUUCUCCCCCCCUGCUAGGCUCGGUUUUGCUUGCUAAAUUUUGGCAGUGAAAGCGAGGACGGGGAAACCACGGGAAGUGACGAGUUAGAAGACUAGCCAUUUCGAGAUUGAGCAUAGAUUUAGAAAUAAAUCAUGAUCUUGUAUUUGGAGAUUUAUGAUAUCAGAGAGAUUUUAUAAUUUGAUCUUUAGAUUUUGAUGGUAUUAGUUUGUGAUUUGAAUAAGUUCCGAGCCUUGUGCACUUGUGGGACCCGUCUCACGAGUGCACGACGUCUACCACGUCCCUGGAUUUGGGUUCUGGGGCGUGACAGUAUGCCUACUUGGAAUUGACUGAACUUCCUUGAUGAACUGAAAAUUUUGUAAAUUCUAAGUUUUUUUGUUAAAUCCAUGCUUAGAUGGAAAUUUUUCG